GAAUUGCGCAUGUGGCGGGUCGACCUGCACUGGCACUUGGGAUUGGCUUCGAGGCUGCUCGAAGGCAAAACGCCCCCUUGCACCUGCAGCUUAUACUUUCCGCUACUAACUGUGCCGCUGAGUUCCUCGUUACAUUGCAUUUCACAUUCUUUGUUUUUUUGACGUGCAGUGUUGCUUGCAGCACGGUCAAGGCAGACGAGUUUUCUUUCCUGUAGCGUCUAGUCGCGUGCUCUAACACCAUGCCGGGAGAGAAGUAUAACGUAGAGGUUGAUCUGCCUCCGGAGCGCCUGGAGGAGUUGAAGGAGGCUUUCAAGCUUUUUGAUAAAGAUGGAAACGGGCACAUCACACACAGGGAGCUGGGUUUGGUGAUGCGGUCACUCGGCCAGAAUCCCACGGAGGCGGAGCUCCACCAAAUGAUUAGGGAGGUGGACACAAACGACAGCGGAGCUGUGGAGUUCCCUGAGUUCGUGAAGCUGAUGAUGAAGCAGCCUGAGAACCCAGCGGACCAGGAGGAGUCCCUGCGCGAGGCGUUCCGCAUGUUUGACCGCGACGGCAACGGCUUCAUCAACGCCGACGAGCUGAAGCACGUGAUGUGCAACCUGGGCGAGGCGCUCACAGAGCAGGAGGUGGAGGACAUGAUCAAGGAGGCGGACGUCAACGAGGACAAGAUGGUGAACUACGAGGAGUUCGUGCGCAUGAUGACCACCCGGUAACCGCUGACGGGCAUGGCGCUGUCUCAAGGCGGCUGCUGGGUCAGGUCGAUGUACGUGAAGGACUGUUUGUUGCUGUGUGCAUGUAUAAGGCUGUACGAAGCCCCGUGGGCGUCCGGUGUGCGGAUGCGCCUGGUACCAGCUCGUGCAAGCGUGCGCAUUAGUUCCGCAACGCACUCGUGAUGGAACAUGGCAAGGGGCAGGAAAGCGUAGUCCCGAUGUGUGUGGCUCCCACCCGUGCCCACAUAAAUGCGUAGCAAGAAGGGACAAGGCAUUGGUGCGUCGUUCGCGCGCUGUUACUGUACCGACGGUAGCUGGCAGGUUGUGUCGAUGUUUUGCUGACGCGCAUUCCUCACGCUCCGGGCGCCCGGCCAAGGCGAUAGCACCACACAGACUCAAUGCGACGCCACACCGCGCGGAUAGCAUAGCCGAUGCGCACCUGCAGGCAGUCGACCGGCGUCCACGGAUGAGCUGUGUAGACGAGCACUAGCGUAAUGCAACGGCGUGCAGCAAAACAAUGGCCGGGCGACAGUGUGACAAACAGGGGCAAGAACAAGGCGAAGCAAAGCAGAAGAGGGGCCCGAAUGUGUACGACAAUUGUGGCGGGCAGGCCGAAUGCGGUGCAACACGCCAACAACACAACCGGAGGUGAGGAAGCGUUGCUGAUGGUGAGGAUAGGUGCUGCGACGUUCGGUAGGGGAGCUGUGGCCGCGCACUAGUUGGGAGGAAGUUUCCGAGGCGUUGUUUCCGAGGCAUUGUUUGUGGCUGAUAAAGAAAGAAGCAGAGUUUCGGCUGUGAGCGGCUGGCGAGGAGAGGCGGGGGCUGUUGCGUUUUGGAAGGCGGGCGGAAGGCCGCACACGCCGGGAGUCGGGCAGGCUGUAGAUUUUGCUGAAGCUGCGUUUGAGACGGGAGCCGAAGGGACAGCUGGGGUGGGACAGUUGGUGUGGGACAGCUGGAAGGGACAACUGGAAGGGACUACUGGAAGGGACAGCUGGGAGGGACAGCUGGGAGGGACAGCUGGGAGGUGGGACUGCUGGGGUGGGACAGCUGGGGAGAGGCACGGGACAGCUGGGGAGAGGCACGGGACAGCUGGCAUGGGACGCUGGGUGGCUGCAGAGGCUGGCAGCGCUGGGGCUGGUACGUAGGUGGGUACUUGGGUACGUGGCUGGAUGGGGCCCGGGCUCACGAAGAGCUCCCCGGUGGCAAGAC